AUGUUGUCUGAUAAAAUCUUGGAUGAAGUUCGAUAUACUAAUUACUGGAGAAGGCCUCUUACGGAAUGGGGGAUAGAAACGUGGGAUGAUUUUUUCUUUGAAGAAAUUCAAAAGUCAACAAGAAAGUCACACCAGGCUCUUGAAAAUCCAUCAUUUGAAGGCAUAUUGGAGGUAGUUGCCUCUCUCAAGCGAAACCAACGUAUCCCAGGAUCGUCAACUUUAACUGAUGCCCAGGAGCCGAAUUUACAAGAUAUCAUCUUUAGUUCUAACCCUAAUAAUGAACUGUUUGUCACAGAGGAAUCCGCUCUAUAUAUCCGGCAAGCUUAUAAGGAUUUGUAUCGAAUUGUCACCGAUCCCGAUCCCGAUCCCAGGUUUCUCAUAACUGGCACGUCGGGUAUUGGCAACUUACUUUACUGUUUCGAGAAUUCAAAUCUCAUUGUUGGAAAAAUUGAGGAUAUUUUGAACCGCCUCUACCUUUCCGAAACAUGGUACCUAGUGGACAGUGUAGCUCCCGCUUUGGUCAAAGCAAGGACAGUGGUUGCUGUAUCACCAAAUAGCUUCAAAGAUCAAUUUCAAGAGUUUUCUAAGCGAGUCGUGAAUAAGUAUUGUAUGCCACCAUGGACGAUGGAAGAGCUUUUAACCUGCCGGCAACAUGUCUUUUCGCAGGUUCCAGAAAAUUUGAUGCUUGAUCUCGCUGACAAGGCCGGAGGGGAGCCACGAUAUAAAUCUAUGGAACGCAUUGAAGAAGCUAUUUUAGAGAUCAAAAACUUCAACGAUCUUAUACUAUGCUUUACCGAAAUGCCAGCUUUGUUAAAAUCAGUAACCGAAUUAUUCACCGAUGGCCGGAUCCUUCUUACGAAGAUUACCACUUUGAAUGGGCUUCGAAAUCCUUUAGACCUCAUCAACGCUAGGGGAAUUAUGUUUGAAUUAUAUGUAAUACAUCUAGAGAAUAAUCGUAGAGAGAGAAUAAACAUACAAAUUCAAGAAAAAAACAUUAAAUACGUCCGAACUGCACAGAAUAUUUCCAAUUAUAACGAUGAUGAUGUGGUUAUCCGACCAACCGUGAAAAAUUUUGGUGCGGUAGAUCUAUUCGUCAUGCCAGAUUAUGUUUUUCAAAUUACGGUGUCUAAAAAACACCCCAUCAAACAAAAAGAGCUAGUCAAAAUACAGAGGGUUAUCAAAAGUUUCGAACGCGACUUUUGGAACGCGAUUGCUAUACAAAAAAG